AUCUACUCUACGUCUAGUUUAAUAAUUGAAUAGUUAAAAGAACUCUGAACCAGAAAUGUCUGAAUCAAUCAAGAGCUCAAAAUCAGAGACUAGUUCUAGUGGAUCUAGUGCUGCCCCUAAGGUAAAAAAGGGUGGCUUUAACAAAGAAGAAUUAAUUGCAACCGUUAAAUCAUUACAGUUUGCUUGGUUUGUUGGUCAGCUCUUUACCUUGUUGGGUGUAUUUUUUUACACUUUAACUUACGUAAGAGUUUGGAAGAGUCUGUUUAAAUUUUGGUACAUCUUAUCUUUAGUUGGAGUUGCAGAAAGUUUUGGAGUUCUUUUGUUUCAAAUCUUUACAAGAAGUGGAGGUAAGGUUUCAAUUCUUUUGAAAGAUGAAAACACUCAAUACUUGUUGAUAUCACUUAUCUUCUUAUACCUUAGACCAUAUGUGAUUUUCCCAUUGAUUCCAUUUGCAUUAUUUUCAAUUUUCCAUGUCUUGGCCUAUGUUGAUGGUACCUUACUCCCAAUUUUUGGAUUAGAAAAUACUCCAAUUUCGAAGAGUAUUUACACUUUUACAACUUCUCAAAACUCCUCUUCAAUUCACUUAGCUAGUUGUAUUGAAAUUUUUUCAUUCUUCUGGUUACUUUUGAGAGUUGUUACUUUCAGAAAGAGAUCGUUGAUUCCAUUCAUUGUUUAUGGAGUUUUCCUCAAACUUAGAUUUGAAUAUUCUGAAAUCACAAGAGAGUAUAUUAAAUCCAUUGAAAUUCAAGUUGAUGAACAAGUUAAUCACUUGAAUAUUCCUGCUAUUAAGAAUGGUUGGGUCCAAGUUAAGAGUGUUUUAAGAAGAGUCGGAGGAAUUUAUUUGGUUAAUAAUUAUAAUAAGCAAAAGUCUACUUGA